AUGGCCGACAAUUAUACAUCAACCAAUCUAGAGGGCUCGACGGACGUCUCACUAGCAGACGGCCAGAGCCUGACAGAGAGGAACAUCAUGGUUCUGGAAAGCGAGAAGCAGAUCGAGGGCGGCCAGCGUGAUACUUCCAGUCGGGACGAACAAACCACAGUUCAUGAGCCGGUGGCAGACGAAAAGACGGCUGUAGAGAAAUCCCUCGAGAAAGCAGACAGCGCAGAUGCGGCAAACGAAGAAGAAAUUCAAAAGGGAGAGGAAGAGGAAGAGGAGGAAGAACAGGUUGAAUAUCCAGCAAAAUGGAGACUGACACUGAUCACAAUUGCUUUGUGUUUGUCCGUCUUUUGUAUGGCUUUGGACAACACAAUUAUCGCAACCGCUAUUCCUCGAAUCACUGAUCAAUUCAAUGCCGUGAACGAUGUCGGUUGGUAUGGCGCGGCUUAUCUGUUGACCACUUGCUGCUUGCAGCUGAUUUUCGGUAAAUUGUACACUUUCUACUCGGUCAAAUGGGUCUACCUCACCGCGCUCUUCAUCUUUGAGCUUGGUUCAUUCGUCUGCGGUAUUACUCCCAACUCCGUCGGCUUGAUUAUGGGCCGUGCCGUUGCUGGUAUCGGCGCUGCCGGCAUCUUCUCCGGUGCUCUGCUUAUUGUCUCACGAACGGUUCCCCUGGCACAACGCCCAAUGUACAUGGGUUUGAUUGGAGGUAUGUGGGGUAUUGCAUCUGUAGCCGGACCUCUAAUGGGUGGUGCUUUCACCGACAAGGUCACCUGGCGAUGGUGCUUCUAUAUCAACCUUCCCUUCGGUGCCAUCACCGGUCUCUUCAUCAUCUUCUUCUUCCAACCCCCUGGUGGAAAGACCAAGGCAGUUGCUUCGACAUGGCAAGAACAGAUCAAGCUUCUCGAUCUCGAGGGAACUUUCUUCUUCAUUCCCGGUGUCAUUUGCCUUCUGCUUGCCCUGCAAUGGGGAGGUACCAAGUACCCCUGGAGUGACGGACGUAUCAUUGCAUUGUUCGUACUCUUUGGUGUUUUGAUCAUCGCAUUUGUGGCCAUCCAGAUAUGGAAAGGGGAACUUGCCACCGUGCCGCCUCGUAUUUUCAAGAACCGCAACAUUUGGGGAUGUGCUUUGUAUGCUGCCUUCCAGGGUGCUGCCUUCUUCAUUUUUAUUUACUACAUUCCCAUUUGGUUCCAAGCCAUCAAGGGCGCCUCGGCUGUUCGAUCCGGUAUCAUGAACUUGCCAUUGAUUCUCAGUCUCGUCGCCAUUUCCAUGCUCUCUGGAGGUCUUGUCAGCUAUCUUGGUUACUACACCCCCUUUAUGAUUAUCUCCUCGAUCCUCACAUCCGUGGGUGCCGGUCUCAUGACCACAUUUAAUGUGGACACUCCUCAAUCCCAAUGGAUCGGUUACCAGUUCAUCUUUGGCGCCGGCGUCGGUUUCGGCAUGCAACAGACCAUGGUCGCUGUUCAGGCUUGUCUAAAGGGAAAAGAUAUCGCCGUCGGAACCGCCAUCGUCAUGUUCUCCCAAACUCUAGGUGGUGCACUUUUCAUUGCUGUCGCCGAAAACGUCUUUGCGAACAAGUUGGUCAGCAAUGUCAUCGCUGCCAAUCUUCCAGGACUUGAUGCCGCCACUGUCCUGAACGCGGGUGCCACCCAGAUCCAAAAAGUCAUCCCUGCACAGUUCCUACCUGCCAUCCUAGCUGCUUAUAACGACGCAUUGACGAAUGCUUACUACGUCUCGGUUGCCAUGAGCUGUCUGACCCUCAUCGGCGCCCUAAGCAUUCAAUGGAUUUCAAUCAAGGGCAAGCGCAUCGAAAUGGCUGCCGCAUAA